UGAAAUUCAGGCAACACCAAAGCUUAACCCUGCAACAAACUUAAUACAAACUCCUCCACUCGUGGAUUGGAUUGGAUUACAGGACAGUCACUUCUUUGUAAAUGUCUGUCGCGUAACCAAUAUUCUGCUUGUCAAAAUGAACAUUUUGCUUCUCGGGGAGACUGGCGCAGGCAAGUCAACAUUCAUAAACGGACUCGCCACCUACUUCACAUAUCCGACGCUUAAUGACGCAAUAAAAAAUCCAUUCAAUCCAAUCAUCCCAAUUAAAUUCGAAGUAGCCGGAAACACCGUUGAGGUUGGGAUGGACAAAAAUGAAAGCGGCGAAACGGGUAAAUCAUGCACCCAGCAGCCACGAACUUACGUCAUGGGGUGGAACGGAUUGGCAGUUCGUAUCCUCGACACCCCCGGCAUUGGGGACACCCGUGGCGUCGAACAGGAUCAAACCAAUUUUACCAUGAUAUUAGAGCACGUCAAGCGUUAUAACUAUAUCCAUGGCAUUUGUGUUUUGAUAAAAAGCGGGCAGUCCCGGCUGACGCCAUUCUUUCGUAGCUUCAAGCAAUCUUCAAGCUUCAAGUAUUCUUUCGUAGCAUCAAGCAAUUACUCGCCCACUUGCAUCAAGAUGCUAUUAAUAAUAUCGUAUUCGUAGUGACACACGGGGCCCCCGCAUUUGAUCCAGCCGUGUCAAUUGCAACAUUGAAAAGCAUGUUACACAAGGAUUUGCCAGAUGUUAGCAUAGAAAUAAAUGAGAAAACUGUGUACUGCGUGGAUAACGAUGCUGUCAAGUAUUUGGCGCAGAAAGAGGCAGGUGUCAAAUUUCAAAAAGAGAAAAGAGCUGCCAAUGCAGCUGCAGAAAGUUGGGAAGAAACAUAUGAACAAAUUAACCAAUUGUUCUCAGUCUUGCAAAUGAUGACACCGCACGACACGACAAAAACGUAUAGUUUGAAUCAGACUAGGGAAAUAUGUCUUGCAUUAGGUGGUCCAUUAGCUGAUUGUACGAAACGGAUUUUGGAAACACAAGCAGAUAUAUGGCAGAUGAAAGACGAGGCUUUCAAAACUUUGCAGGAUGGCAUGCAAUUGCAGGCAGGGCAGACCACAUCCACCACGAUUUAUCGUAACGUAACGGACAACGAGAAUACGUGGAACGCUUGUGGCUCUGAGAAAUGCAGUAGAACCGUGAACGACCGCGGGAUGCAAAUUUUGAUACCCAAAUACUGUGCCUCUCAGAAGCGUAGUUUUGUAGAUGUGCUUAUUCCAUCAUCAAUUUUUAAAAUUGGCACAAUUGCAUCUGCUGGUUUGACAAAUGUGCUUCCUGGCUGUCCAACUUGUGGCUGUGGUAUGUGGCACCAUUUCGUCACAUAUGAGAAAGUUAUAGAGGAGAGUAUCCGUAUUAUUAAUCCACAUGUGCAACAAAUGGUGGCGCAAAAAGCAUCAGAGGCCGAGAUCAAAAAUGCUGUCAUUAAGGAGGUGGAGAAUAACAUUCAAGAGCUUGAGAGAGAGGUUCAGAUUAUGCGAGAAGCGCAAUUAACAGCAAGUCAAUUUUUAAAUCAAAAUUCCCUGGUUCAUACAGCAGAUGCAUAUUUGGACAGAUUAGAACAGCUUCAGGACGAAGAAAGGUCCAAAAACUCUGACCAAAGUCCAAAGUUCGAAAAACUAAAGAGUCUUGUUCAGGAAUAUAAAAAACAAAAGGAUACCCUGACAGCGAGUCGCAGAGAGGCAGAUAAGAAAAGCAUUUCCUUGGAAGAGGUUAAAUCUUCACUCGCUGAACUCUACGCCCAGCCAAAUUAUGGAAGGACUAUUAAGAAAGAGGUGGAGGACAAGAUGAUGAGCAAUGUAAACGCUCUGGAGGAAAUUUUCCAUUCUCCAAGCCUAAAACGAUAUGGAUUACCUGACAAACGAAUAACAAGUAUAUAGAUUUGUUCAAGCAGGUAGAUGUGUCAAAGAACUUGGCCAGAAAAUUUCUGAAAUGAGUUUAGCCGUUGCUGGUACACCCUAUGAAAUGUGUGAACACGUUUAUGAAAUAUUUAUAAAAUAAAUAUAUAUGAGAAAUAAUAAGAGCAUUACCUGCAUAUUCAGGAGUAAAUGAUGCGUGCGUGUGUAUAAUCUAUAUAAUAAAACACUCACGACACUUUACUAAAUUUAUAUAUACUUAAAUAGUUUUUAUGAACCAAAAUCUAUAAAUUGUUGAAAUAUGCUUACAAAGAUAUAUUCCCAGGGAUUUGAUGCAAUAAUCAUAAGGAAAUUGAUUACUCCACAAAUAUGAAGAUUCGUCUUAAUACGUUUGAGUGUGAAUAAAUUGAUAUUAUUGUGACAUUUACUUACAAAUCUUAUUUGUGUUGAGACUUUAACAAAACUUUAACAAUAUAAACCAGUUAUGUACCUAAGGGCCCCUUACUGGGUGAAGUCCACUGGGGGGACCUCGGCCACAGUCGGUCACACCUACUUCACCUCUGUUGGCAAGUUUCAGUGCCAAAAUUAUACAUUAUAUCGUUCACUGGCAAUUCUACAUAUUUAUUUACAGUGGUGAGCAAAUUAAUUUGCAGUACGGAUAAAAUUUUCUCUAUCACAGAUUGGCUACGAUUAUAGUUUUAAAAUUCUAAGGAUGGUAAGUAUUGAGGAUUGAAGGAAAGUAUUGAGCAUCGGGAAAUGUUAAUAAUACUGAAAGGCUAAAAAAUGGCCGACCUCUCCAUGAGUAAUAACAUAUAAGUUUAGAAAUUAACUGCACGGCCAGUGCUUGAUGGAUUUGGCAAAAAACUGAAAAUGAAAGUGGCACCCGGUUUGAAAACCUUGGACCUUGAGGAGAAACAUAUAUCAGAUCUUUCACAUUCGGCCCACCCCCUCGGAAUCCGGGUCACAAGUAAAAAAACAAGUAACACUUCUUUAUCGAGUUUUAAAAUUCUGCGACUAUAUUCGACGGACGUGGGGAUUAAUUCAUUGUGGCAGUCGUCAGGUAAUCAUAUUCAGUGACUAGUAGGCCGCACACCCUGCUUUGGAGUCAUUGCGGGGGUGGUCUAAGGUCAAAUCAAGAUUUCAAGUAGCACGACAUUUUCCCCCGACGUGGUUUCCGACAUUUCACAUCCCCAAUACACAUAAUCCUCAAUACACGUAAUCACAAUGUCCCACAUAUGAAAUGAACGACACCCCAUUGUCGAAGGUCCUAUGGCGACGGGAUGUGUGGCUAUCGGCGUUUCUGCCAAUACAUUACCUAUGCACGUCAUGCGGCAUAUCAAUUUUUAAGGACGCUAUGAAGAUUUCAAUAGCGUUGUUCAAAUUUAAAAAGCCACGCCCCUUGGGGUUGUCAGUAUCAAAUGAAUCAACUCAAACAGGGUCAUGCGACAUAUCAAUUUUGUGAGCUAGUCACGCGCAAUUACUUGAAACAGCAGUUUAAAAUUUAAUAAAGAACCAACAAAUUAACCACUAUUUCAAUUUCCAAACUGAAGAUUGCCAAAAUUAUUUUGGUACGAAUAAUAAGUUUAUGAAACGUGAAUACUUAAAAGUGUCACGAAUAAAAUUUGUGAAAAAAACUUUCCGAUUUUUCUUAGAUAUUUGAGAGUUGUAUUUUGGAAAGUUUAGGUUACCAUAUUCAAGUCUGGUAUGUAGAUUUUAAUAUAUCCAGGGUUCUGGGGUGGUUUGUUUUUUUGUUUUUUUUUCAGUAUGGACUAUAAUUAGUAGGUUAAGGAGGUUCCUCUUUGGCUUCCACCCGUGCACCACGUAUCUCUCUCUCGCUGUGCAUCUGGAUCCUCUUCCAUCUGGGUCGCGGGUGUGCCAGGGCAAGUAAAGUGUGUCCCAAGGCCUUAUCGCCAUGUGACCCUCGUCCACUCACACCCCCCACCUGCGUGCCUGGCGACACCCCCUGCCACACCCGUCCCAGCAACGACAAGCUGAGCCAUCAGGCGAAGACGGAUUUCGCCGGACUCUGUGCACGGGAGGAUCUACGCCAGGAGGACUCCCCCAGGUAGGUCAUUGUUUGGUAUGUCGGGGUGGUGAUCGUGGGGGGUGGUUGGUGGAAGGGUGAGGACGGGGUCGUGCAUGGUGGUGGGCAGCGUAGUCGGGGCUACGGGGGUCCCAUGACCCGGAUGUGCUGCGAGGGGUGAUGGGGCAAGUGGGUAGUGUCGCUCGGCCCUGGUCAUAAUGCAUGACCGUGAAGGGGACACGUAGCCCGAGCCCGAAAGGGCGCUAGGGUAUUUCGUGGUCCGUGGAUGCCCCGCCCAACAACCUUCACUCGUCUUGCUUCCGUCUUCGCGACGCCGUCCUCAUUUGGAUAUCACCACUAUCUCUCGGAAUCUGCCUAUGAUCUCUAUCAUUCAUUUGUCCUGCCUGGGUGUGUGUAUGUAGUUGGAGCCGAAUGGACCUCUGGGCCACAUCCUAGAGGUGAUAGUGGUUUUCCUAGCUCUCCACCAUAGCUAGGGUUUCCCACUAUUCCUCCACUACGCUACUCUAUUAAAUAUUUACAUAUCUAACUCUGUACAUAAUUUCAUGUAAUGAUGAGGGCCCCGGCCAUAUCAAAUGAGAAA